UAUUAGCAGCUGGAACAAAGCUGCUAUGAACUUCAGAUUUGGGUUGCAGACAGUUGCGGCGAGUUUCAGACAUGAGCUGGCCUGCUGUGAGACUGUGUACCGGGACGUCCAUGCCACUGUUAGGUCUGGGCACAUGGAAGGCUCGAGAGAAUGAAUGUUACCAGGCCGUGAAAACAGCCCUCAACAUGGGGUACCGACUCAUCGACACUGCAGAAUCCUACGAAAACGAGAAGGAAAUUGGCCAAGCUCUCCGGGAGAACUUUGCUGCCGGGCUAAAGAGGGAGGAAGUAUUUGUCACAACCAAGUUGUGGCUUACCAGAUUUCAUCCCGAUGACGUCCUCCCAGCCUGUCAGAGGAGCCUAAGCAACCUGGGACUAGACUAUCUGGACCUGUACCUCAUGCACUGUCCUGUAGCCUGGGCUAGAGGAGACAACUUAUAUCCUGUAGAUGACAACGGACUGCCUGUCACACUUGACAUCCACUAUAUGGAAACCUGGAAGGCAAUGGAAAAGUUGGUGGAUGCAGGACUGGUGAAGGCCAUUGGUGUGUCCAACUUCAACAUCUCGCAGACGAAGGAGGUUCUGACCAAUGGGAGGAUCAAACCAGUUGUCAAUCAAGUCGAGUCUCACCCGUAUGUUGGUUGCCACUGGUUACUGGAAUACUGCAGGGCUAAUGAUAUCGUAGUGACGGCCUACUGUCCAUUAGCAAGACCAGGAUCGAAGGAGGCAAAAGAUCAUGGAGUAGACAUGCUUUUGCAAGACCCAGUAAUAGUGGAGAUCAGUAAAAAACAUGGGAAGACACCAGCACAGGUGUGCCUUAAGUGGCAGGUGCAGAGGAAUGUGGUUGUUGUUCCUAAGAGUGUCAAUCCUGCAAGGAUACAAGAGAACUCCCAGCUUUUUGACUUUGAGCUGAGUGAAGAUGACAUGUCAGCCAUUAACCAGCUUGACAGGAAUGCACGAGUUGUUUGGUUUCUCAGGUGUAAAACACAUCCACACUGGCCCUUUGGUGAAGAAUUUUAGGCCACGGUACCAUGGACUCAGUGUGUGGACAACAUGAACCACCCAGCACAUCCGUAGAACAUACUGCGCCAGCGCAAAACCCAAUUUUUUACGGUUUUCAUUGGAUUUUUUUGUCUGCAUCAGAAUUUUGCCUGUUGCAGACAAUAUUUUUUCCAACAUAACAUUUGGAAACCACAGACGGAGUGUUAACAUUAUAUGCUUGAAUACAACCUUACAUGAGACGCUUGCUGAAGUGCUAUGUACAACAUUACAGGUUUGCGCAGGUGCAGUACGUUCUGCUGACAACAUGAACCACCCAUCCUCCCAUGGCAGGGGCAGCGGCUCCGAAUUCCUUCUCCACCCCUUACCCCUGCCGAAUAAGCCCGCAUCUUCUACUCGGCGACCCCAGGAAUAUUAAUAUUUUCAUGAGCUUGCCUUAUUUGGCAUGACCCCAUUUCUGACUUGGGCGGGGACGGGACGUCACCCUC